AGCCACAGCACAGUGAGUUAGAAAACGAUCCUCAAAUCAACCAGAAGUCUUUAACCUGGAAGCACAUGGAAACAUCAAGCUAUUGCUUUAGACUUCAACUCACACGACGGCUUACCAUUUUUUAAAUGACCAAAGCUAUUUUAUAUCUCAACGACUACUUCCAAUUGUAGUCUGCUAUGAAUUGCAAGCAUGAAGUCAAAGAAAUCAUUAACUGUGCAGUUGCCGAAAAGUUUACUGACUUUUUUAAUGAAGAGACAAUCUACCAAUCUUUAAGUAAUAAAACCUGUAGAUGUGUACCUUUGCGGAGAUCUUCGAGGGUGUUUGAAAGAAAAACCGUUUAGACAAGCAAAAACGUCAUGGGAUUCCCUUUCCGUUUGACUGGGAUGAACAUUAUGAUCAAGUCAGCAAAACAUGCUUCAUUCGCUUCAGGGAAACCUCUUUCGUUUUGCCCACUUUAAAAUGCAAGAGUUCCUCGCCGCAUGGUACAUGGUAAAAGGAAAAACGCUGAAGAUAGAAGGUGUACACAAAUUUUUUUCUGAUAACCUCACGAAAGGGAUAUGGCAACAAGUUUUACAGUUUGUUGUUGGACUGCUAGAUGACGAAGACAUACUGGUCAAAGUGUUGGAAUACUGUCGUCAAUCUUUGACUGAAAAGAAAAUAUUGUCAACUGAGGAAGCAGAAACAGAGGAAUCCGGAAAAAGUAGGCAGAUCUGUUUGCCAAUCAAGAUAGACCAAAAUUUAGCACCGACAUGGUGUAAGUUUGUAGUAGAGUGUAGAAAAUUAGAAAUUGUAUCAAAAGAGAUUGGACGCAUAUUAUGUGAUGUCAGAGAUCUAAGCGACUGCGGUCUCACACCCUUAGACUGUCAAACAGUAGCUCUUGCUUCACAACACAUUGGUGGAGACAAAAUUUCCCGAAUUAGGAUAAAUGAUAAAUACAUUGGUCCAAGUGGUUGUAGAGAUAUUGGAGAAUUACUUCACGUGAACAAAAAUCUGAUGAUAUUGGAAAUUGAUAUGGAAACAACUGAUGUUGGUGGAAACAUAUUUGUCUUGCCUUAUCAAAGUCAGAGUCUAAAAUCAAAACGCUAA